AAGAAAGCGCUGCCCUCCGCGCCGGACCCCGCGGCUCGCUGCCGGCGCGUUGGGGUCCUUAUAGCCAUGGCCUACGAGCCGACCUACCAGUCACCUCAAUUCCAUGGAGGUGAUGGUAUGGUGACCCCGAGUGGCAGCAUUGAGAGCCAGCAGGGCAGAUGUACACUGGACGAACCAGUCACCGAAACCAUUAUGAGAGAUCUGAGGUCUAUUGGUAUGAAGCUCAAAUAUGUGAUGCUUCCAAGAGCGCGCGAGGACAAAGGACAAGGACUUCGAGAGUGGGAUCUCUGGGGCCCAUUGGUGCUCUGUUUGGCCCUCGGAAUCAUGCUCUCGAUGCACGCAGAGCAGGCUAGCUUGGCUUUUGGGCUGGUCUUCAUCAUUGUUUGGGUCGGAUCAGGCAUUGUGACCAUCAACGCGCUCCUGCUGAAGGGGAAGAUCAGCUUCUUCCAGUCAGCCAGGGGCUUCUUCACAUUAGCCUGCAAGAGGGGGAGGGAGCGAAUUCCUGGUGAACUGGGCCAUCUUCUGCCUGUGGGGGUACACCUCCCUCCCCGAGGAUAUUGCAUUUUCCCCUUGGUGAUCGCAGCCUUUUGCUCAUUGAUGCUCAACGUCAUUUGGCUCAAGGUGAUCUUCGUGACCAUCGGCUUCACCUGGGCCACCGGCGCCUCUGUGAAUUUUAUGUCGGAGCUUUUACCCGAGGAUCGGAAGGCCCUUGGCGUCUACCCGGUGUGGCUUUUCUACGUGGCCAUUGCUUGGCUGAUUCUGAUCUCCUGAGUCCAUCGCCGGAAGCAGCAGCGAUGGAAAGGUCGCCCGCCGACGAGAGUGAUCGGACUGGAGUCCAUGGAGGCAGCAAGCCAAGCUUGUGACAUUGUGAAGC